AUGAACAGGGAGGCUGCCAGCGGGCUGACCCCGCAGGAGAUCGCGUCACGCGGCAUCGCGCCCAUCAAGGCCGAGUUCCUGAGGCCGGCGGAGGCGCGCGUGUACGUGGACGCCCUGAUCAGUGCUGGAGCGCACGUCGAAUCGGCAAAGGCGAAGUCGAAGAAGCAAAGGAGGCGGGAAGUUCGUGAACAGAAGGCUUCGGCAGCUUUGGUGUGCAACAAUUUCCUGAAGGGCACCUGCAGGUUUGGGGCUCAGUGCAAGGUCAACCAUGACAUCGAAGCUUUCCUAAAACAGAAAGCACAGGAUCUCCCAGGAAGCUGCCCAUUCUCAAGCACUGAAGAGUGUCCCUAUGGCAUUGGCUGCCGCUGGGCAUCCACACACACAAGCCUGGAGCCUGCAGUGCAGGAAUUUGCCCAUCUUAUUCGCGCCUGUGCCUUCAAACCUGCACCAUUGGGGCCACUCGAUGGGCUUGAUUGCAGCUCUCAGAGACAGGACACUGCAUCCGAUCUGCCACAGAGUGAUGCAGGGAAGCAGCCUUCCCCUGCACACUUCCCUGGAGGCACAUCUGAGCCGGCACUGCAGCCAGAGCAGCCAAGUGGGCCUGCUGCCCUGCAGAUCCAUGUGGCCCUCCCCGUUGCGGAGCAGAUUCUGACGCCGAUGAACAAGUACUCGAAAGACCUGCAGAGGACCUGCAGACCAGGCUAUGGAAGCGACGCUAUGACUUCACCCUCUCCGAUGGCAUCCUGGAGGCCCUGGGCGUGA